UGAACUCCUUCCCAGCAAUCAAAGAUUUAGCGUCGAGAUGGCAAAGAUUUCACGUGGUGCCCCAGGUGGCAAGCUGAAGAUGACUCUCGGUCUCCCAGUCGGUGCAGUCAUGAACUGCUGCGACAACAGCGGCGCUCGUAACCUCUACAUUAUCUCCGUCAAGGGUAUCGGUGCUCGUCUCAACCGUAUGCCAGCUGGUGGUGUCGGCGAUAUGGUCAUGGCGACUGUCAAGAAGGGAAAGCCCGAGUUGCGAAAGAAGGUCAUGCCCGCUGUUAUUGUGCGACAGAGCAAGCCAUGGAGACGAACUGAUGGUGUCUUCUUGUACUUUGAGGACAACGCUGGUGUGAUCGUCAACCCCAAGGGAGAGAUGAAGGGAUCAGCUAUCACAGGACCAGUCGGAAAGGAGGCUGCUGAGCUUUGGCCACGUAUUGCAAGCAACUCUGGUGUCGUCAUGUAAAGGGUCUUUUUCUUCGGGGUUCUGGCAUGGAAAUGGGUUUGCUCUUGCAUGGUGCAUACGAAGAUAGCGAUCACAAGAAUAUGACGCAUUUCACGAAACGCCAUACUGGUCCAUUGACGGUCUAUUUCUGGGAGAUGUGAAAUGGCAAUACUUGAACAAAGGCCUAAUUUGGGAUGAGCAGGAGAGCAGGGCAAGUGCCACCGAGUUGCAGAUUGUUGGUAUAUACAGCAUAGUAUAAGGAAGAGUACUCUGACUUGAACAAGACGACUCAGUUAUCGAAGCAUAUUUUGAAGGUGUUUGAUUGUCUGCGCUGAGAGGAGAAAGAGCAUUGAGAGCUCUCAAUGUUUUCCUACGUAUAUUCGAGGCAAGUUCAGAUUCUGGGCAUCAUUAUCGCAUGCAAC